AUGGGAGCUGGUGGAAAUAUGUCUACUCCAACAACUAAAAAUGAACAAAAGAAAAAUCAUCUCCAAAGAGUUCCAUCUGCAAAGCCCCCUUUUACACUUGGCGAUGUCAAGAAGGCCAUUCCACCUCACUGCUUCCAACGUUCUCUAAUUCGCUCCUUCUCUUAUCUUAUUCAAGAUCUCAUAUUUGUCUCCAUCUUCUAUUAUAUUGCCAACACUUACUUCCACCUCCUUCCAUCCCCAUUAACUUACCUUGCAUGGCCUGCUUAUUGGAUCGCUCAAGGUUGUGUUUGCACUGGAAUAUGGGUCAUUGGGCAUGAAUGUGGUCAUCAUGGCUUUAGUGAUUACCAAUGGGUAGAUGACACUGUUGGCCAUAUCCUCCACUCUGCCCUUUUAACACCCUACUUUGCAUGGAAGCAUAGUCAUCGUCGCCAUCAUGCCAACACAGGUUCCCUUGAGAAUGAUGAAGUUUACAUACCUAGGUUUAAAUCCAAACUAAGAUGGUACUACAAAUACUUGAACAAUCCAUUAGGACGAGUAUUCGUACUUGCCUUCACCCUCACUUUUGCCUGGCCUUUAUACUUGAUGUUCAAUAUCUCCGGCAAAAAAUAUGAACGUUUUACAUGUCACUACGAUCCAAAUAGCCCAUUAUAUUCUAACCGCGAGAGAAUGCAAAUCUACAUUUCAGAUGCAGGUGUGAUUGCAACUACUUAUGUAUUAUACCGCCUUGCUAUGACACAAGGGCUAACUUGGGUUCUAUGCAUCUAUGGAGUGCCUCUCCUAAUUGUGAAUGGAUUUAUAGUGCUGAUCACUCUUAUGCACCACACUCAUGCUUCAUUGCCACAUUAUGAUUCAUCGGAGUGGGAUUUUCUAAGAGGAGCUUUAGCUACGGUGGAUAGAGACUAUGGUAUACUAAAUAAGGUGUUCCAUAAUGUUACAGAUACUCAUGUUUUGCAUCAUAUAUUCUCAUACAUAUCACAUUACCAUGCAAUGGAGGCGACCAACGCUAUUAAACCAUUGCUAGGAGAUUACUACCAAGUUGAUGAUACCCCAAUUAUAAAGGCAAUGUGGAGGGAUACAAAGGAGUGCAUCUAUGUGGAAAAGGAUGAAGGAUCUCAAGGUAGAGGUGUUUAUUGGUAUAAAAACAAGCUUUGAAAGUAAUAUACCAAGAGACCAAUUACUUGGAAUUGGUUAAAUGUUUUAACCUAAUUAAGAAGGUGCAAGGAUUUUGAAUAAUUGUGUGUUUUUGUUGUAUUUUAUUGUUAAAUGUUGGUUUAAGUUGUUACUAUUGUAUUGUUAAAUCCGUCAUUAUGCAAUAAAAUAAAUAUCUACUUAUAUGU